AUGAAUCCAGGUCGUUGUGCCGCCUGUAGAUAUUUAAGAAGAAAAUGCCCUCCCGACUGCAUCUUCUCUCCUUACUUCCCGCCCAAUGUCCCUCAAAGAUUUGUCUCCGUCCACCGCAUCUACGGCGCCAGCAACGUCGCGAAACUCCUCCAGCAACUGCCGUCCCAUCUGCGAGCUGAAGCGGCGGAAUCACUGUGCAUGGAGGUGCAGUAUCGAAUCGAGGACCCCGUGUACGGCUGCGUCGGGCUCAUAUCAUCGCUGCAGCAACAGAUACAUGAUGCGGAGAAGCAACUGGCUAAGACUCAAGCCGAGAUUGCGUUUCUGAAAUCUCAUGCUCAACAUUCUCAAGUUGCACUGUUGGACGAUGCUGCAAAUCUUGGCUUCUCUAAUCAUCAAGGUUCUUCUGGGUUUAUGUAG